CUCCCUCUCCCCUGACAUGUAAAGUAUGUUCAGAGCGAUAGCCUCCAAGGAGCCCUCAGACAAAACACAACCAGCCGUGAGGUGUUAUACUUUCUCCUGACAUCCACGACCAGAAAGACACUUGAAACCAGAGCAGCACUGUUAUCAGUUUUCUCUCUCCAGCUCUGUGGAUUUUUGGGGUGCAAAGAACCACUGACUUAAGGAGAAGCUUUGACUAGGGAGCAAAUACUUGGAAUUUUAAAAAAGUGAAUAAAACUUUUUUUGGGACGACAUGGCUCUUCGGCAGAACUCGGACAAGGAGCCAAGCAUCGAGUUGUUCAUUAAGGCUGGACAUGAUGGUGAGAACGUGGGGAACUGCCCUUUCUGCCAAAGGCUCUUCAUGGUUUUAUGGCUGAAAGGAGUCAAGUUUACAGUGACCACUGUCGACAUGAGGAAGAAGCCGGCUGAGCUCAAAGACCUGGCCCCCGGGACCAACCCUCCUUUCCUCCUCUACAACGGGACCCUCAAAACAGACUUCAUCAAAAUCGAGGAGUUUCUUGAGCAAACACUGGCCCCUCCCAGGUAUCCUCAUCUCAGCCCGCUAAACAAAGAGAGCUUUGACGUGGGUGCUGAUAUUUUUGCGAAGUUCUCUGCUUUCAUCAAGAACAGUCCAAAUAACACCUUCCACGAGAAAAACCUGCUGCGGGAGUUCAAGCGCCUGGAUAACUACCUGAACUCCCCCCUCCCCGAGGAGAUUGACCACAACUCCAGAGAAACCAUCACCGUCUCCAAGAGGAAGUUCCUGGACGGCGACCGCCUCACUUUAGCUGACUGCAACCUGCUGCCCAAACUGCACGUUAUCAGGGUUGCUUCCAAGAAGUACUGUGACUUUGACAUCCCCGCCCAGUUCACAGGCGUGUGGCGAUACCUUCAAACCGCCUAUGAGAGAGAGGAGUUCAAACAGACGUGUCCAGCCGACAUUGAAAUUGAGAAGGCUUACUUUAGCGUAGCUAACAAGAGGAAAUAAACCUUUGAUUCUAAGUAAUUAAUGCCCUGUUUUCACCCAGUGUACCCAUGCAUGUAAAGAUGGUGAUCUGUAGAGGGCGCUACAACCUACAAUAAUAAACUGUGGCAAUGAAUCAGAUGCUAUUCCACCUUAAACACCUUGACCUGUUGUUGCAGUAAGAUUUGCAAAAUGUUUUAUUGGUCGUAUGUGUUGACUAUUUUUCUAUAGUCACUCACAGACAAAUGGUGUGUUUGUGCCACACUGAAAAGUCCAAAUGUGCAAUUGACUGAGUUUUUGUUUAUAGUGUAAAUAUAGAUAUUUUUCCAUGCUUUCUAUGAUCAAAACACCCUCAUUAAAAUAUGUAUGAUUGUGUUAGUGUGAGCAGAAACCUUCACAAACAGUUAAUUUUUACGCAAAACAUGAAAUACACUUCUGUAUCUUAUCCUGUACGAAUACAGUUUGAUAUGAUUAAAUUGUCUCACUGUCACACUAAUAAAAAAAUGUCAAAUUAA